AUUUCCGGAUUUUUGCUAUUUUUUGGGUGAUUUUUUUUAUAUUUUAAUUCCAUAAAACCCGAAAAAAGAGAGAAUUUUUGUUGGUAAUUUCUGAGGGGAAGACGUAUUUUGUGAUGAGAAUAUGAAUUUCGUUUGCUUUUUUGUAGGAUCUUGCCUUGGAUUUCGAAAAAAUCAAUUUUUUCUACCUCUGUAAAUUAGGGUUCGUAACUUCUCUAGGUUCCUGUUAGGAUUUUGUAUUUCUUGUUUUCUGUACUAGAUUUUUGUUCGGGUUUCUGUUGCAGAGUCCUCUGAUUCUUCUUCUACUUCUCAGUGAAAGAACAAGUUUUUUCCUGUACUAGGGUUUAGGGCUUGUUUAGAGUGUGCUUAGGGUUUAAUAAAUAUCGGGUUUUGGGUUCUUCGAUGUUUCGUGUUUUGAGUUAUCUGCGGUUAAGUUUUUUAGUACAGUCACUGUUUUUAGAGGUUUUGUAACAAUUUCUUACAAAAGUCAGAGUCUAAAGGGAUUUUUCUCAACUUGGCAGCUAACAUUAGUAGCAGAGAAGCAUCUGAGCAUUUGGUUCUUGAAGGCAAUAUCAGGAAAGUUUGUUCUUUCGAGUUUACCGAAACAACCGCAGAAGAAACCCGAGUAGUAGGAAUUCUGGGUUUGUUCAUGGUCCAAUUUUCACAUUUAUCAAGUUCUUGUGAUAUCUAGGGGGUUUGUAUGGUGUAUAGGAAUCUCCUAUUCCAUGCAUGAUGUCCGGAUCUGAACCGGGAAUCAUGUCGGGUAGAGAAUCGUUCGGUGUCAGCAUUCAAAAAAGCCCAGUCCCUUCUCAGCCGUCGGGGAUACCGAACAUGAGAUUAGCUUUCAGUUCCGACGGGACAGCAGUGUACAAACCUGUUACAAGCAGCACUCCUUCCUACCAAACCAGCGGUGGAGGUUCUGGUGGUGAUAGCUCUGCCGGCGCGAUCGUCCAGCACGGCCUUAACAUGAACAUGGGGGAACCCAUGAAGCGGAAACGAGGAAGGCCCAGGAAGUAUGGCCCCGACGGAACCAUGGCUCUCGCAUUGACACCUACAUCACCCGGUGGCGGUGUCCCUGCCAGCGGCGGGUUUUCUUCCUCUUCGGCGGCCUCGCCAUCGUCGUCCAUAAAGAAAAAUAGGGGUCGACCACCAGGCUCGGGCAAGAAGCAGCAAAUGGCUGCACUGGGAUCAGCUGGUAUUGGAUUUACACCUCAUGUUAUCACGGUUAAAGCUGGAGAGGAUGUGUCGUCAAAAAUAAUGUCAUUUUCACAAAAUGGUCCACGGGCUGUGUGCAUUCUUUCAGCAAAUGGUGCUAUAUCUAAUGUAACACUGCGUCAAGCAGCAACAUCUGGUGGAACUGUAACUUAUGAGGGGCGAUUUGAAAUCCUGUCACUCUCUGGUUCUUUCCUUCUGUCAGAGAGUGGUGGUCAACGCAGCAGAACUGGUGGAUUGAGUGUUUCCCUUGCUGGUCCAGAUGGGCGUGUGUUAGGUGGUGGUGUGGCUGGGCUCUUGACUGCAGCAUCCCCUGUCCAGGUGGUGGUUGGAAGUUUUAUUGCAGAAGGGCGGAAAGAGUCAAAGGCAAUGAACCCAUCGGAACCACCAAAGAUUGGAGCGGGGGGUGGUGGGCCAACAGGAACAGGGGCUGGGAGUCCACCAUCCCGGGGCACCCUCAGUGAGUCCUCAGGUGGACCAGGAAGUCCCCUUAACCAGCAGAGUACAGGGGCAUGCAAUAAUAACAAUACACAGGGAAUGGCGAACAUGCUGUGGAAGUGAGAAGUAUCAAAAAACAUCAGCUUGUUUCCCACACUUUUGUGUAAUAGGAAUGUGAAAUGUGAUCCUCCGUUGUAUGUCAUAGCUUACUUCCACUGUUCCCCCCCAAUUUGUAAUUUAAUCCCAUGCUCUCUCUCUCCCUCUCUCUACUAACUUAUAUGUUAUGUAGCCCUGUAGCCAUGUAGCCAUGUAGCCUGUAGCCUGUAGGUGGCGCUGAGUUUAAUGGGGAAGGAUCGCUGGUGGCGACUGGCGAGCUUGUGUGUGUGAUGAUUCUAUCCUUCCCCCAUGGAAUGGAACGUUGUGUUGUUUCAGAUAUAUUAGAAUAAAAAAUGUGGUGAUUCAGAUUC